CGAGGAUAUUUCACAAAAUAUGACUGUUCCAGUGGUGAUAUCAACCCUAUUGGUGGAAUUAGCAAAACAGAUUUGAAAUGCUAUAUGCAAUAUUGCAUUGAGAAUUUUCAGCUAACAUCUCUUAAAAGUAUUAUAUCAGCACCCCCAACAGCAGAGUUGGAGCCACUGCAGAACGGAAAUGUUACUCAAAUGGAUGAGGUAGACAUGGGUAUGACAUAUGCUGAACUCUCAGUCUAUGGUAAACUAAGGAAGAUAGCUAAGGCUGGACCUUAUACCAUGUUCUGUAAAGUGGUCACAAUGUGGAAAGCGAUAUGUUCUCCAAGAGAGGUGGCAUCAAAGGUUAAGCAUUUCUUUCAAAUGUAUUCAAUCAACCGACAUAAAAUGACUACCCUUACUCCAUCCUAUCAUGCUGCCAACUAUAGUCCCGAUGACAAUCGCUUUGAUCUGAGACCUUUCCUUUACAAUUCUGCUUGGUCCUGGCAGUUCAGGUGUAUAGAUGAACAGGGAACCAGCCUGGAAAAAGAGCCCUUGUUGCCGCCUCCGCUGCCAGGGGCUGCCGAGCGUCACCGGCUCUACUCGGGCACGGACCGCGGAGACCUGGAGGAUGAUGGACACUGCUGCGUGUCCGCGGCCUCCUCGCCUCGUUCUGACGGACCUG